ACGCUAACUCAUUCCUACAGAACACGAACCAAAAAGUCUUUAGUUGUGCUACGAUUUGGAGAAUUUCUACUUCAAAAUGCAAGGAAAUGCUAGCAAAAAGACUGCACUGGAGCAGUUGGGGGUCUCCUUCGCCAAGCCCAAGUACCCCUCCUAUUCCGUCCUAGUAACACGAGUCUCUACAUUUUCUUCGUGGAACCAUUACCAGCCUGCUGACACAAUGGCGAAGGCCGGCUUUUUCUAUACAGGCAAUGGUGACAACGUCCGCUGUUUUUUCUGUGGAAAUGGUCUGGAGAACUGGGAGAGAGAAGAUGACCCUUGGGUCGAGCAUGCCCACUGGUUCCCAGAAUGUGUCUUUCUCAUCCAAUGUAAAGGGAAAAGUUUUGUUUUAGAAGUUCAACAAAUCGUAGCACAACGACAAUCUCAACAGGAUCGGGCAACAAAGCAUGAAACAGGGAGUUUCAAUCAAUAUAACAAAGAAAGGGGCGUAGUUAGUGCCCCUAGCUCUCCCGACUGUUCUCUACAAAGUGUAGCCGCCAUUACAGCCUUACAGAUGGGAUAUUCUGAGGUAAUGGUCAAAAAAGCCAUUCGGGACUGGAACUCUCGCAAUGGUUCAGUGAGUUUCUCUGUAGCAGACAUUGUAAAUUUGAUUCUAGAUUACCAAGAGAGUGACCACGGAUAUGGCUCACUUGAGGAUUUACAGCAGGAGAAAAGCAUUUCUGUGAGUGACAGUAGGACAGAAACGUCUAAUCUGAAUGAUAACAAAUCUAUCGGAAACAAUAGGACUACACUUACCAAGAAUUCUGAUAACAAUUCAAUGCAAACUGAUAGGACAAUGUCGCCAUUAACUGAUAACAAACAUGAUAGCGAAGAUAAAAGUAGUACUGACUCGGGGUAUGAUUCUGAUAGUGAAAAUGAAAGUGAAAGGACAGGUGAUUCUAUUUUGAUUUCGGAAAGGGAAACUGAAAAACUUCGAGCUGAGAACAAACAACUGAGAGAAACACUUAUCUGUAAAGUUUGUAUGGACGACACGGUUAGUGUGAUCUUUCUGCCAUGCACACACAUGGUGACCUGUGCUCAAUGUUUUCCCGCCAUGAAACAUUGUCCAGUAUGUAGGUCAGAUGUCAAGGCCAUCGUCAAAGCUUAUUUAGUUUAGGAAAUGUUAUUGGAACCAGGAUUAAUUCUAUAUCUACUCGGGAAACUUAGGAUCUGUUUUUUUUAUAUGCAAUUAUUGCUCCCACCAUUUGACUCAUGUAAAAAGUCAAUCCAUGUUCAUAUUUAGAAAUUUGCGGCAUUAUUAACGAGUUGAAAUGAACACUCUUUUAAAUUUUCAUUUGUUUGUUUUAUGGUUUUUUUUUUUUAAUUUUUGGUUUUAUUUUGUUUUGACUGUUUUCUUUGGUGAAAAAGAAUUAAAAGUUCUGAUUCAGAAAUCACAAUAUACUAGAUAA